UGUGCUCUUGAAACUCCUUAUACCUAUAAGACUAUGUAGUUAAGACAGCAAUAACAGGCUGAUUCAGUAUAUGAAGUAAAAGAAAGCUCUGCAUCUACCUGUCAAAUAACUUGAAAGAAAGAAACUCAAAAAAACUCACUUGAGGAUUAAUAAAAGAAAAAAGAAACUCACAUAAACUCACUUGAGGAUUAAUAAAUAGUAACAGAUGGACAACCUUACCCUCAGAUACAGUGUACUAUUAGUGGAGGGAUUGAGCGUUUCACCUCCAUACAGCUAUGUAGCAUUUUUCAGCCUUUUAACAGUGUACAUUUUCAUUAUGGUAUCUAACCUUUGGAUUUUGCUGAAUAUCAUGAUAGACAAAGAUUUACACCAGCCCAUGUACAGCAUCUACAGCAACUUGCCACUAAGAGAUGUUAUAGGCACAUCUGUCAUUGUGCCACGAUUGCUGAGGGAUGUUUUAACAAAUCCUUCAGAGCGCUACAUCACAUAUGUGGAGUGUGCCCUUCAAGCUUUUUUCAUACAUUUGAACGGAACAGCAUGCCACACUAUUCUGAUGAUCAUGGCCUUUGACAGAUAUGUGGCAAUUUGCAAUCCAUUACGAUACUCUGCAAUAAUGAGUAAUAAAAUGGUGAUCAAACUGUCGGCAGGAGCCUGGAUUUCCAUGUCAGUAAUGGUGGGAAUUAUGAUCAGCUUAAGUGUGCGUCUCUCUCACUGCAGGUCUUUGAUUCAGAACCACUUUUGUGACAACGCUUCACUAUUUAAACUAUCAUGUGAAAGUACAGAGAUUAAUAAUAUAUACGGAUUAACUUUUACCGUUUCUGUAAUAGUUGUCUCAAUGGGGAGUAUUUCAUUAACAUAUCUAAGAAUUGCAAUCGUAUGCAUAUCCAGCAAGAACAAAAGAAACAAAAAAGCCAUAACAACAUGCAGCACUCACUUGAUUGUUUACACCAUCAUGCUGGUCUCAGGGUUUGUUGCUGUUUUUCUCCAUCGCUUCUCAGAAUACUAUGAAAAUAGAAGAAUAGCAAGUAUAGUUUUCAGCGUUGUACCACCAGGGUUGAAUCCCUUAAUUUAUGGUUUACAAGUUAAGGAAAUAAGACAAAAGCUUUUCAAGUUUUGCAAAUAACAAAGUUAAUGCGAUGUUAUUUUCUGUUUGAUGAUAUAUAGAUAUUUAUUUAAUCUGAUCUCUUUUCAAUUGUAAAUAGAAUCGUCAGCAGAUCUGUUUUUGUUUUUUUUUUAGCAGUGCUUGUGUGUACAGGAUAUGCAUUGGUGAAUUUAGGGGGAAAAGCCACUAAGAAAUAUGCACUAACUGGUAACUGGCUUUGUCAGUUGAUAACAUAACGAAUAUAGAUAUAAUAUUAUUUUAUCUACUAUAAAUAAAACAAUUAAUAGAAAGAUUUAACUCAAAUGCAAGGUUCUGUCACAAAACUGUUGGGGCCAGUUGAUGUUUAGGGGCCUGAUGCAUCAAGAGUCAUACCUACAAGACAUAGUUUGUAGAUUUGAUUCCCUGGAGCUGACGGUAGGGAGAGUGAAUGACUAGCUGUUUCAUCCAUCUUCAAUAUCCAUGACUGCUGUGCCCUUAAGAAAUGCAUUAAACCACCAGUUGCUUCCAGGGCUGACAACAAAUGAUUGUCCACUGCUUUGUGUGUGUAAGCAUAGUAUGUGUGUCUGAGUGUGUUCUCACAGCACACUGCUCUCUGUUCCUAUUGUAAUAAACGAGGAUGUCAAACUCUUUGGGGUCACCAGA